AAAUCUUUAAUUUAAUGCACGAAAAAAGGGAAAAAAUUGGGAAAGCUUCAAAGUUCCCCAGUCAGCAAGGAUAGUACUUCACUAGCACUGACCGACCAAAAGAUAAAAUGAAGCGGUCGCCGGCGAUAUUGAAAAACCGGCGAGGAAUAGGUGGUUUGGGAUUUGCUGCAAUAGCUUACAUCGGAAUAGACUAUCUCCGGUUUAUUUCUCCGGCAUGGCAUGACCAGUUACAGCCGGUAUUAUGGACCGUAUUGGCGAUCGCUGCUAUUAUUCGGGUUCCAUUUUACAAACACUGGUCAUCGGAGCUCCGUUCAGCUAUACCCUUUAUUUUCGCAAUGCUUUUUUUGCUCUCUGCUCUUCUCUUUGAAGCCAUUUCUGUCCGCUCUGUCACCGCCGUUCUUGGUCUCGAUUGGAACAAUGAUGCAUCACCUCUUCCUGAUGUUGGUCAGUGGUUGCUGCUGUCGUUGAAUGAGAAGCUACCUCAAACAGUGGUUAAUAUAUUGAGAGCUCGUAUAAUUGGAUUACAUCAUUUUCUGAUGCUGUUUAUCAUGCUUGCUUUCUCUGUACUCUUUGAAUCAGUUGAAGCUCCUGGUCUUGGGCUUGGUGCAAGAUACAUGUUCACAAUGGGAAUCGGAAGGCUCCUUCGGGCCAUAACUUUUAUCUCCACAAUUCUACCAUCUGCUCGACCAUGGUGUGCGUCUGCUAGAUUCCUUGUUCCUCAGCACCCUCAUCCUUGGGCUCAGAAAUAUUAUGUACCAUACGCCACAGAUUCAAAUGCCAUACGGAACAUCAUUAACUGGGACACAGCAUAUGCUGAUCCUGGGGAAUACGAUCCGGAGUUUCGACCAGAUUGGGGUUCAAUGAGCUGUCUGAUUGAUUUCCUCCGGCCUACAGCUCCUGAGGGAUCAUCUGCUUGGUAUCAUCUGCUAAAGAAAGCGUCAGGGGGUUGCAAUGACCUUAUAUAUAGUGGCCACAUGCUUGUUGCUGUGCUGACAGCUAUGGCAUGGACGGAAGCCUAUGGUGGUUAUAGCUCAGCACUCAUCUGGAUUUUUGUGAUUCAUAGUGCUCAAAGAGAAAUCCGAGAACGCCAUCAUUACAGUGUAGAUGUUGUUGUGGCCAUCUAUGUGGGCAUAAUGCUCUGGAAGAUGACAGGUCUUUUCUGGCCAAUGAAGGACCAGUCAAAGGAUUCGAGACUUCGUAGGCUCGAGAAGAUUCAGGGUAGGCUAGUGCGAGCAGCAAAGGAUGAUGAUAUAGAGGAAAUCCGAGAACUUCUUAAGGAGGUAGAAGUGAGCAACCAAGGUAGGGAAAACUCCAGUAGCAAAGCAAUGUGGCUCUUUUCAGGUGGAACCAUUGUUUUUACUCUGAGUAUAGUUCUUCUUGCCUUCACAUUGACCAGCGACGGGUGACACAGCCAAUUUUCAACUCCUACGAAAUGUUCUACCACGGUUUGCAGGCUAAUACAAAAACACCAUAACAAAUGGAGAUCCAGCGCUCAUCAAUAGCUUCCCCCCACCACAUUUGUCUUCUUCGCAUUAAUUCGGUCUGUCUGCUUAUGAAAAUAUAUAUUAUUCACAGAGUUGGGUGAAUUAGGUUAUGAAUUAUUGUUUAUCCAUUUCAAGUAACCUAGCUUGUUACUUUAUUAGCUGAGUAGCCAUUUUAAUCCGUUGAAAUUCAGUCCAGAUCGACAUUAGACCCCAAAAUCCUUCACAAUUACACCUUGUAUAACUUUAAUCAAUGACCAAACGACCCCUUAAUACACAAUUUAUUUUAUUUAUAACACCAUAAGAAGUCAAGAACAACAAUUGUAUUUUAAUUAAUGUGAAUGACUAAUAAUGGAUUAAAGUGUGUAACAAAAGCAAAGAAGCCGUGCAAGAGAUACUUUUGCAAUUAGAAGUCGUUAACAAAACUUCAAAGACACGAUUAAACACAACUCCAACC